GCUGACUCCGAAUUUACUCCGAAUUAACUCCGAAAUUACCAACAAUCAAUCACAAUGCGCACGUUUAAGCGCGGAUUUUACUGUGCGGAUCUCUCGCUUCGCUAUCCGUACCACGAAUGCACGAUCACGGUGCCCAUGCUACUCGUGAUGAUGCUCCUAAUGCCCAUGCUCUUCAUCAGCGUGGUGGAGAUCAUGCGCAUCUGUCGCCAUCUGCGCAUGCGGCAAUAUCUGCGCAAUUUGUGGCGAGCGCAGGCAACAUUCAGCUUCGGCUUCAUCGCCACCUAUCUGACAACGGAGCUGGCCAAGCACGUGGUGGGUCGACUGCGUCCGCAUUUCUACAGUGCCUGCCAGCCGCGACUGCACGACGGCACCAGCUGCUCGGAUGCCCACAAUGCCGAUGUUUACGUGCAGCAAUUCUACUGCAGCAAUCGCAAUCUAUCGACGCAACAGUUGCGCGAGCUGCACGUUAGUUUUCCCAGCGCCCACAGCAGUCUCAGCUUCUAUUCGAUGUGUCUGCUGGCCUUCUAUGUGCACAGUGUGUGGCAGGGACGCGGCAGUGUGCGCGUCAUGAGGCACAUUCUCCAGUUUCUGUUGCUCAUGGCCGCGUUGUAUGUCUCGCUGAGCCGUGUGGCCGACUAUUGGCACCAUUGGUCCGAUGUCUUGGCUGGUGCCGUGUUGGGCGUUGUCUAUGCCACAAUCACGGCCAUUUAUGUGGGCGAUCUGUUGCAUGCACGGCCGCCGCACAACGUUAAUCCCGUUGCACUCGGCUACGUGUGUGCGCCAACCAGUUGCUGCUGCAGUUGCCACCACCAGCGCCAUCUUAAUCAUAAUCACCAUCAUCAUCAUCAUCACCAGCUCCUGGGUGAGAAUAAUAAUUCGACGACGUCCACAAAGGUGCAUUUCUUGGCUGCCGCCGCCGCCGCUGUGGCAGCCACACCGCACCACACCGAUUGUGGGCAGCACCACAUUGAGGUAGACGACAAUAUCGAGAUCGACAUCGACGACAGCAGAGACGAUCGCGACGACUGCGACGACGAUGACGACGGCAGCAGCAGCAGCGACGCUGACGUUGACUACAAGCUGCCCACAACGCGUAAUCCGACGCCGUCGCCACCGCCCCCGCCACCGCAUUCUGGAACGCUGAGCUUGCCAAAUGCGGUCUAAGAAAGAGAAAGAGAAGGAGAAGGAGAAACUUAUCUGUUUUGGAUUUGGUGGGGUAAAUGCCCAUUGUGCAUUACGACAAAAUUUCGACAAUUUUUCCAUUUAGAAAUCGAAGCAAAACACCGAAAAAAACCAAGAAAAAAAAAAUGUGAUAAGCGCGCGGCGCAACUCUUUUUACCUGAUAUGCACAGUAGAGUAGACCAUGCUCAGACCAAGUACUCUGCAUGAUUUACGAAAUCCAAUGCCUCAAGACACGAGCACACACAUUGUGCAACACUCUGUGCGGUGCUGUGUGCUGUGGUGCUGUGGUGCAACAGUCUGGCAACGCUGCGGGCGCGCACAGUGGUCACGAAACGUGUUGUGGGCCAGCAGAAGCAGAAAAAGGCAAAUCUUGCACAUUAAAUUAAAAGAAAAUUUAAUUUGAUUUGGCAGUGGCAACGACGACGACGACAACAACGAUGACGACGACUUUGGCGUAUCUCUUGCCCCGUCUAUCUGCCUCGUCUUGUGGCUACUACGGCGGCCGGGCGCUUGUUUUGUUUGUAAACAAAGCCGCAGUCACGUCGCAGCCGCCUCUUUGAAGUGCCAACAACAACAACUUGCUUCAAUCAGCUGGCACAAUCUGCAGCUGCAGUCGCCGUCAACUGCGACUGCGACUGCGACGUCGAAGUUGCUGCAUAGUUUUCAUUGCUUGCGCAGAGAUAAGGCCUUAUAAAUAAUGAACAAAUUACAAAUAAAAAAACAAAAUCUGAAAACAAUAUUAAAA